AAGAGAGACCCACUUAAUUUUUUUAGGCGAAAAAAACAAAACACUUAAAAAAGUGAGACCUUUGGUUUGGACGAAGACGAACUGACGAACCACAAAGAAGCCUAUUGUAGAAAGACAGCGCGUCAGCGGAGGGGGAGAAGGAGGCAUCGAGCGUCAAUCGGUCAAGGGAGAGGGAGAGAGAGAGAGAGAGAGAGAGCGAGACAGAGAGAGCUUAAUCUGACGAUCAUCGAUCUCUCGCAGCCAUGUUCAAGUUCUGGGGAUCUCAAGAACAACAAGCUCAGCCACGUCCGCAGGACAUCUCCACGCAGUCUUGGUAUCCUCCAUCGGUAGUUAGCUCUUCUGGUUCUUCCCGCCCUUCAACUCCUAGUAGCGGCUCUUCUAGCUUUCAAAGGCCAUCAGAGCGGCCACAUUCUCCAUCACAAGUUUCUCCUGCUGAAGCUGCCAGCAUAAUUGCAUUGUUGAAAGACAAGAGUGUUGAUGAGUUACGAAAGCUCCUGUCUGAUAAAGAUGCAUACAAUCAAUUCCUACUGUCCCUUGAUCAAGUCAAAACUCAAAAUAAUCUAAGGGAUGAACUUCGGAAGGAAACACUGCAGCUUACAAGGGAGAAUUUAGAAAAGGAGCCUCGCAUAAUGGAGCUGAGAAAUCAGUGCAGAAUCAUCCGUACAACAGAGCUGGCUGCUGCUCAAGAGAAAUUAAAUGAACUAGAGAAGAGAAAAGAAGAAAUUUUGAAAUUCAAUUCCCCUGCCUCAUUGCUUAGAAGAUUGCAAGAGGCUAUGAAUCAAACAGAGGAAGAGUCUGAAAGCUUGCAUAAGCAGCUUCUUGACCGGGAGAUGGAACUUGGGGCUUUUGUACAGAAAUACAAGAGGCAGCGCACAACUUAUCACAGACGGGCACUCACCUAUAUUUCAGCAAAGACAUCAAUUGGAUGAUCCCGCAAAAUAAGAUGUAUAUUGAGUUAUGAAAAGAUUUUUUUGCUUUAGCGACUUAUAUUCUUAUAAUUUGGAUGCAAUUAGGAACUGUUUUGUAUUAUUAUUGUGAUAUAAUGAUUCGUUGUUCAUAAGUGAACCCUCAUGUGCUCACCAAA